AUGUCUCUUCGCUCAGUUAGUAUGAGGGGAGGACAGGAGACACAGCUUGCUGAUACUCUAACGCCUGUUGUUGAGAAGAGUCAUUCUCGCUCCCCAUUAAUGUUUCUGGAACAGCCCCAUCCAUUGUCCAGAACCGAGAGGGACUUUUGGUCCGCAGGAAAGAGUGAUAUUCCAUCAUUUGGUUGCAAUCCAUGGGACUUUUAUGAAAAGUUUUUAGAACUCAAAUCGGGGACAAUCCUAGUCGUCGGCAAUGAUAGGUCUACAGUGCGAGCAAUUCAAGAGUGUGACGUUGUUCGAUCCUCAGGCGAACACGACGUUGAAACUGCAACAUUAACCUAUCAAUCUCUUCUCUCCAUCCGACAUCCCAAUUUUGUUGAUGUUUGUGAGUCGUAUGUGUUUGAAAGCCAGGUAUUUGUUAUCACUGAAUAUGUUGGAUUUUGUCUUGAUGAUAUAUUACAACGCUCCCUCCGCCUCUCAGAGCCUGAGAUAGCUUAUGUUAUCAGUCAAGUUCUGGCGGGCAUAAUAUUCAUCUGGUCGAGAAAACUCGAGCAUCCUCGUAUAUCAACACGGAAUGUUUUCAUAUCUCCGAACGGCGAGGUCAAGAUCGAUCCUACGGAUUUUCCGAGCAGUGAUGGCCAAAGUUCGAGAAACAUGGAAUGUUUGAAGACCCUCAUGCUACGCAUGAUGCAUGCGACCAAUGAGACGGUGAAAAAUCUUCCAGCAGAGUCAUGCUCAGCUGAGGCAGUCAGCUUUAUGGCGGCCACUUCUUGGGCGUCUCCUUCACGUAUUUAUAACUCGCUGUUCGAGCACUGCGACGGUCCUGAAGCCUCUCUGUGUAUUGUCUAA